GUUACAAGCCAGUUGAGUAGCAGCCGUAAACGCAGUUACAAAUUGAACUUGUUGUCGCCGACAAUGUGGUUGCCGCUGUCACUCCAACUCUUCCUCUUUCUACUGCUGUUGUUGCUGCUGCUGCUGUCGGUGGCAGUGACUUGUGGUAGCUACUGGCGUCGUCGUGGCGUGGCUGGACCUUAUGGCUUCCCAUUGGUGGGCAACAUGCUGCACUUUGCCCUGGGACUGCGUUCCUAUGGCGAUGUCUAUGCCCGACUCUACAAUUCGUAUUCAUCUCUGAGCUAUGUGGGCAUUUAUCGUUUAUUUAAUGAACCUGCUCUGUUGUUGAGGGAUCAAUCGAUAGUGCGCGAGCUGCUCAUCGGUGGACAUUUUACCCACUGUGCAGAGAACGCGAUUCAUGUGAACGUGGAGCGCGAUGUGCUGGCUGCACAAAAUCCAUUUAUUGCCUGUGGUGAGCAUUGGAGGAAGCAACGUGGCGAAUUGUUGCCACUUUUUACACCUCUGCGGUUGCGACAGACGUUGCCGCACAUUGCCGCCGCCUGCAACCAGCUGCAAAAGUUUGUGGCACAACGCAAUCCUCGCGAGCUGGCUUGCCUCGAGGCCAAAGAGUUGGCCACACGCUACACGCUACAGGUGGUAGCCUCCGCUGUGUUUGGCCUGAAUGCACAAUGCCUCGAUCCGGAUGACAGCAGUCGCAGUGAGAGUCACAGUGAAUGGCUUCAACUGUUGGGACCUUUAUUUCAGCCCAGUUCUUGGAGUCUGGCUGAAACUAUUGCGCUGUUGCAUUCCCCAAGGCUCGUUCAGCUCAUGGAAUAUCGCUAUGUGCCACUCGACAUUCAGAGCUGGCUGCGUCGCCAAGUGGCAGGCAGCAGCAGCAGCAAAGGCAACACGUUAUUAAACUGGCUGAGGGCGAGGCGUGAUUGCGAUAUUGAAGGACAUGCGACCACAUUGCUGUUAGAGGGCUACGAGACAUCGGCGAUGCUAUUAGCCUUUGCCUUAUACGAACUGGCAGCGCAUCCAACUGAGCAGUGUCAAUUGCAGAGCGAACUGGAUGCGAUGGCUGCUCAUUAUGAUGGACAAUUGCUGCAUCCGGAGGCGUUGGACGCAUUGCAUUAUGCUGAGGCCACGCUUUAUGAGACUCUGCGUCUGCAUCCAGCGAUGCCCGCUCUGCUCAAGCGCUGCACCGAAUCCUUUAUGUUGCCCUCUCAGCAACCAGAUGCUGCUGCUGGAUUGCUCGUGGCCAAAGAUACUGUGCUGAUUGUGCCUGUUCAGGCCAUUCAUCUUGAUCCCGCUAUCUACCCGCAGCCACUACAAUUUCAACCGAAGCGUUUCUUGCAACAGCCACAGCAAUUCGGCUGUCGCUUCUUGGGCUUCGGUGCUGGACCGCGUAUGUGUCCGGGAAUGCGAUUUGGACUGGCUCAGACCAAGGCGGCGCUGGCCACAAUUCUUCAAGACUACAGCGUUGAGUUGGCGAACAAUUGUCCGCCUAUGGAAAAAUCAAAUGUCACCUUUCUAACCGCCAGCAAGGCGGGAAUUUGGCUUCGAUUUAAGCGACGCCAAGCAAAGUAAUCACUUUACUAUACUAUAUGCGAGCAUUUCC